AUGUCGCAUCCAUCCAGUCAAGCGCACAAAACUUUAAUCGAACAUUUCACCGAGGCCAUUAAUGAACGUCAUGUUCAUAAGCUUGAUGACUUUCUCGAUGAAAAUGUCGAGGAAAUAUUAAACUCGAAAGCCGUCUAUAAAGGUAUCCAAGGCGCUCGAGAAUACUACAGUAUGGAGCACGAAGCUUAUCCGAAGGGUCGAUGGAAAAUUCUCGAGUAUCUCGACGAUCAACACAAGAACACAAUACGUGCUCGAGUCUUGUUCGACAACAAAACAUACAAUACAUUGUAUACAUUUGGUCCAUCGGGCAAAAUUCAAGAGAUCGAAACUGUUUAUGAGGGCGAAUAUGGUUCGAGUAGUGGUCAUAAGUAG